CCUUUCUUGGUGCUCACUGCUCACGGUCAUUAACAUUCAUUUGCCAAACAGCUUGAACACUGCGCAUAUUUUGGCAGAAUGUGCUGUUGUAUAAAAGGCGCCUAUGCUAGAAUGAUUUGGUGUAGUUACUCUCAGAACUGGCUUCAGGGAUCAUGGUCUCCAUAGAGUCUUCCGAACUGCUUAACGUCAACUCUCUCAUUACUCUUACGGUCCAUAUCAAUCUCCCUAACGAAUCUUUCUCCAGAUUUCUGCACAAAGCCUUGCAUAUACAGUACUGGGAGGCUUUGUCGUAAUCGUAUGUUCAUCCCCUUAACCAUUGCUUCAACUCGGGGUGUCAUAUCUCCACUUUGGCUUCUAGUUUUCGACGAUUUCCCUCCUUACCAAAGACAAGCUUUUUAUCAAUGAAGUUGUUCUAGGAACUGCCUUUGGCAUCGCCAUGGGUCCUUACGGUUGUGGUGUCUUUGACCCUCACUCUUGGGGAUCAUCUACCCAAACUGUCACUCUAGAAGUCAUGCGUAUAGUAUUGGCCAUUGGCCUGUUCAUCAUCGGGGUAGAACUACCCGGGCCUUACAUGGCCACACACGCCAAGGGACUUCUCAUCAUGGUCGUUCCCACUAUGGCUAUCGGAUGGAUAACCGUAGCUGGUGUUCUACGGGCUCUAUUUUCGGGUCUAAGCUUUGUUUCAUGCCUCGCAGUUGCAGCAUGCCUGACUCCAACGGAUCCUAUCAUAUGUGCAGCUAUCGUCGGAGGAAAGUUUGCCUUGAAACAUGUCCCCCUUAAUCUCCGCCAAAUUCUAUCCGCAGAAUCUGCAGCCAAUGACGGGCUUGCAUAUCCUUUCUUAUCGAUAUCUAUCUACUUUACUGUUGAAUCCUCCAAACGAGUUGCCUUUGAGAAAUGGCUGAUUAUCGGAUGGUUGUACGAAGUCAUUAUGGGGGUUGUAAUAGGCGCCGUAUUGGGCCUUGCAUUCUCCUGGCUGAUGAAAAGGUCACUACGAAAGGGAUUCACUGACCGCGAGUCUUAUAUCGCGCAAUAUCUGGCCUUGGCUUUCUUGACAAUUGGGAUUGCAAGCACCAUUGGAAGCGACGAUCUGCUCGCCGCAUUUGCUGCAGGCAAUGCACUAUCCUGGGACGAGCAUUUCAAUAUUCAGAUUGAAGACGACUUGUUUGCAACAGUCAUCGAUCGCAUCCUCAACUGUGCUUGCUUUGUCUAUAUUGGAGCUUGGCUACGCUUUGAUACCUUUAACGAUCCCUCAUUGGGAACGUCCCCCGUGCGGCUGUUGGUCUUGUUCAUCGCCAUACUAGUUUUGCGUAGAAUUCCUGCCAUGCUAUUGUUGUACAAGUGGAUUUCUGAAAUCAGCUCGUGGCAAGAAGCUUUGUUUUCUGGUCAUUUUGGACCUAUGGGAGUUGGGGCUGUCUUCAUCUCAACCCUUGCCUUGACAAGGUUACCGGAGCCUCGACAUCCUCCCGAAACCCAGCAAGAACUACUAGCAACUACGCUCCAACCCAUCGUUUCCUUUGUCGUUCUGGGGUCCAUAAUCAUACAUGGUUUAUCCAUCCCUUUCUUUUCUUUUGGUCGCAAUGUUUCGCGUACACUUUCCCGUUCUACGCGAGAUGGACCCGAGUGGAUGUCUUGGAUCAGUCAACGCGAUGCGGCAGCUGGAGGUUACAAGGAUGUCGAGAAGAGAAGGAAACCGGUGAGUGUAACUGUCUAAUUGUGUCGUGCGGAAUCUAGAAGCACCGCAGAAUUUGGAUUUGGAAGAGUAUGAAUCACCAGCAGUGAUCCUGCCGACUUCUGGUGAAUCAUCGACACCCAGAGUCGUGCAUUCCCCUGAAGCACAGUAAACGUUUUGUAAAUUUGUAA